AUGUACCUCAAAAUGCGAAUACCACUCGGUCUGGCCUCCAGUUCACAGAAUGGACCCCCUGCGACGCUGCAACGCCGUGAAGAAAUGGACGGAAAGAAAAUCACCACAAUUGUCAUCCUCGCUGUACUGGUCUUCCUCAUCUUCAUCGCCUUUGUCAUUUUUUCCCUCCGCGCAUCUCGUCGCUCUACUCGCGGCAACAAUAAGAAACCCCGCGGCGGCGGUGGUGGCGGUGGUUUUUUCAAGUCAAUAUUGAAAAACGGCGCCGGCCGAAACAGAUACCGCCAAGCUCAGGAUGUAGACUCCACCUCCACGGAACGACUGACUGACCGCCGGCGCUCCCGCCCCUCAUCUGUUGCGUUCGAUGCCUCGGCCGAUCAGUCGCAGGCCGACGCUCGCUCCCCCAAUAGCGCUGUCAACCGCAAUACCUCGAUCCGCUCGAUUAUGACGCUACCUGCUUACCGGCCUGAUCCGAACGAAACGGAGCAAGUCCUGGGCCGCGAAGGCGAACGCGGUGGUGUCGAUGUUGUCAUCGAGUAUCCCACAGAAGAAACAGAGGAGGGUCUGCGUGAUCAGGAGAUGGAGGCUCUUUACCAGAUCCGCCUAGCCCGCCGUCAGGAGCUUGCUGAGAGAGAGGAACGGAGACUAGAGCGCCGGGAUGCUCGGGAGCGUGGUGACUUUGUAGCUCUGGACAACAUCCGGUUGAGAGCCCAAACUGCUACCAACAACAGUGUUGUCGCUGCCCUCCGCGAAGAACAUGAACGCCUGAAGAAUGAACGUCAGAGAGCUGUUUCCAGUGUUUCCUACGCCGACCUUGGCGUUGCCCGUCACGACGGGACUCGACUUCGAGCCAACAGUAAUGAAAGCGAGAGGAUGGGGUUACUUUCGGAUUCCGCCAGUAUUGCCGCCACCUCCAUUCGAUCCGGCGCCGAAUCAGCCACGAAUCACAGGAGGGGCAGCUCCGUAAUGAGCAUAGAAAGCGACCUCCCUUCACCAGGAUUUACUGCAAGGACACGGGCAAAUUCGCGGCCAGAUACACCCCGCCUGGAUACCCGGUCAGGUUCCAGUCCGGAAGUCGUUGAAGCUGACGUGGGAGACGCCGGCAUGCCCAUCUACUCUCCACCUGGUUAUGACGAAGUCUCGCUUAAUGACGAGCGAUCCAGGAGCAAUACUCCCCAGCCUGGCACUGAGCCCCCGCCGACCUACCCUGGUCCUGCCCAGCAGCGGGCGGAGAGCAUUGCAUCAAGCAUGGCCGAUUUGGCAGCCGAUGAGCAAACCGCGAAUGGCUCUGCAGACCAGCGCCGGCACUCAGGAGUGCCACGAUUACCCAGUCUACGACUGCAGCAAGUGCCGUCAAUUGUGAUAGAACCUUCCAGCGCCAGACCUCACGACGAUAGGUGA